ACAUACACUAUAUAAGGUACAACAGACCCAGACAUGGAAGCCACUUGCAGAUUAGAGACAUCCAGAAAUAAAACACCUACUUUGGAGCUAUCCAGUGCGACACAGCUGCCAGAGAGCACCAACUGCCUGGCGUGUUCAGAGGAUGGCAGAUACCUCAGUCUGGGUCACUCCGGGGGUUUGUCUGUAUGGUGUGCAUCUUCUCUGAUCUGUGUGGCAGAGUGGCUGCAGGACAGGUUGGAAAUGACAUCAGUUCAAAUGAUCUGCAUGGCUGAGUCGGCCUAUCUGCUUGGCAGCGUUGAUGAUAUGGGUGUUGCCCGAGUCUUUGCAUAUUACUCUGAAGCUAUUCACCUCCUCAGUGUUAUUAACAUCAUGGAAGAUAUCAACCAGAGGAGCAUUUGCUUGACAUUUGAACUAUCUAAAGGGGGAGAUUAUGGAGCUGCAUCAAUCAGCUGCAAUGGUGCUGUUUGGCUUGACGUCUAUCACUUCCCUACAGAAGCAUGGCUGAAAGAGUUGGAGAUGGCAGUAUCACAACAGGACCCAAACUUAUCUGGAGAUAUGAAAUGGUCUCCAGCUGCACUGGUGAUUAAAAUCAGGCCUCCCAAAACUCCAGCAGGAUUGCCUGUGUCUGUCUGUGUGUGGUGGAGUGGCAGCCAUAAUCUUCUCCAUUAUUUUCUGCAUAAAGUAUCGAAGAACAAACCAGAUGUGGAACCUUUGCCAGAUGUACUGUGUCCGAAUGCAAAUGAAAUCGUCUGCUCUGCUGUUAGUAGAUGCACCUGUUUCAUAGCUCUUGGCCUCAGCAGUGCUUUGGUGUGCAUCUGGGAUAGACGUUCUGGCUCUCCAUUGUCUGUUGUCUCAGUGUUAGCAGCAGAGAGUGUCUUUUCCAGGCUGCAAUUUGUAGACUACUGGCCUCUGUCUGCUGAUGAUUCCCAGACUUUCACCACAGAAGAAAUCCAUCUCAUGGUGGUUUGUAAGAAUGGAGUAAUUCAUGCAGUCACCACAGGGCGAGGAACAGAAUCCUGCACUAUGCAGCUCACUGAAAGGCCAGAAGACAGUGGGGACCUGCCAACUAUCACUGCAUCAGUGUCGUUCCUGCAGGGUUUGUCGCUUGUGGUGCAAAGAAAUGGAAAAAUGUUCCUGCAAGAUGUUGUCAACAAAACCACUGUGUGCUUCUUGAUUCCUCCCACAACUCACCUGCUGGCGACUCCCUGCAAUCCUGUUUAUGCUCUGAGCGCCAAACAGCAUGCUCUGUUCAUACGAGGUGACCAGGACCCCAGCUGCAGUGCUUCUGCUAAAGGAGAAUGCCAGAGUCAGCUUUUCAUCUUCCACUUUGGAAAGCCUGACAUCAUGAAGCAGUAUAAUGUUUCAUUUCCAGACUCUCCACAGCAACAAAAUGCAUUGAACUUUGACACUCUAGAGGAUUCCUGCAAUCUCUACCUUCAGCAAAGAGCUCUGUCUGUGGAUGAAAGGAACAAAACUAUAACACAGACCUGGAAGAAACUACAGGAAACGGCAAAGAUGGUACAACAAAGACAUGGUUCCUGAAGAACUGCAACAAACUGCAGCCUUUUACAGAGUUACUGCAGUACGGUAAUGAUAUUGUAACAAUAUUUAACAUCUAAGAGGCUGCUGGUAUGUAUGUUUAUUGUAAAGCUUCUUCAAAUCUCACCACCUUUGUUAUGCCGUUCUUCAUUCUGCAUUCUGUCUUUAAUGUUGCCCCAAUACAAUUUGAACUUGUGAAAUAGCUGCUAUCAAUGCACUACAGCACAUUCUGUGUUUUUAUUUUUUUUAAAUACAUAUAUGAAACUAAUUAAAAAGAAAUUACAUUUUCUGUAGAUAUUGGCUUGUAAUAGGUUUGCUUCUGAAGACAGAUGUAAGACUUAGGGUACAUUAAGUUACAUUUUUUCCAAUAUACUAUUUAUGAUAUA